AUGGCUCCUGGGAAUGGCUCCCUUGUGACUGAGUUCACCCUGAAAGGAUUAACAGACCAGCCAGAUCUCCAGCUGCCCCUGUUCUUCCUGUUUCUUCUCAUGUACGCGGUCACUGUGCUGGGAAAUUUGAGCUUGGUGACUCUGAUUGGGCUGCACUCACACCUUCACACCCCCAUGUACUUUUUCCUCUUCAAUUUGUUCCUCGUUGACCUCUGUUAUUCUUCUGUAUUUACACCCAAAAUGCUGGUGAACUUUGUUUCAGAGAGGAAUAUUAUAUCAUACAUGGGGUGCAUGGUGCAGCUCUACUUUUUUCUGUUCUUUGUCAUUUCUGAAUGCUAUGUGCUGACAUCAAUGGCCUAUGAUCGCUAUGUGGCCAUCUGUAACCCACUUCUCUAUACCAUAGUCAUGUCCCCUAAAGUGUGUUUCAGCCUUAUGCUUGGUUCAUACCUGAUGGCCUUUUCAGGUGCCACGACCCACACAGGAUGCAUGCUGAGACUGACCUUCUGCAACGCAAACACCAUCAACCACUAUUUCUGUGACAUCCUCCCAGUGAUGCAGCUCUCCUGCACCAGCACACACAUCAAUGAAUUGAUGGUUUUCAUUAUGGCUGGCAUCAACAUCAUUGUGCCCAGCCUCAUCAUCUUUCUCUCUUAUGGCUUCAUUCUCUCCAGCAUCCUCCAUGUCAAUUCUACUGAAGGCAGGUCCAAAGCCUUCAGCACCUGCAGUUCUCAUGUAAUUGCUGUUUCUCUGUUUUAUGGAUCAGGAGCAGUAAUGUAUCUUAAGCCAUCCUCUGCUGGAACACUGGAUGAGGGAAAAAUUUUUUCUGUCUGUUACACAAAUGUGAUUCCCAUGAUGAAUCCGUUAAUCUACAGCUUGAGGAACAAAGAUGUUAAAAUUGCCCUGAGAAAAACCUUAGGCAAGGUAGUAGUGCAGAAUAAUCUAGAUCAGUUCUGGACAGAAGCAAUUCUAUUUAGCACAUCUAAAGAGGAAUUUCCCCUAAUGUCUAUUGGAGAAUGGAUGUUAUCUUAA